AGCAGAGAGAUCCUCAGGAUAUCUUUAGCCAAAAGAAAAGCUCUGCCUUCCCACCCAGUGCAGAAGCUGAAACGUAUCAGAAGGCGAGAGCCUGUCUGCAGGCGCAAGCUCCAUCUUCCGGGAGCAGGGGAACCCCGAGGGCAGCAGCGGCCGAGCCAGCGUGGUACCAUCGCUUGGAGGAGGGCUUCCCCACUCCGCCCUGAAAUCCGGAAAGAGUCGGCGGAGUUCCAGCCGCAGAGGAGCAGCGGAGCAAGCGCGAGCGUGGUGCAGCGGACAGGGAAGGGGUUGCGCUCAGCCACAUGAAGCCUGCGGUGGAGCGGUGGCUCGUGUGCAGCACGCCGGUCGGGACUGACGCCAGCUCGUUCCCAGGGAGCCACUGACUCCCACGGGGCCCCCCUCGUGGUUCCUGGACCAAACAUCUUCUGGGGUCCCUGGUCCUCCCGAGCAUCCAGAAUGCUGUUCCUGAAGUUCCUCUGCAUGGGUUUCUUCUGCCACCUGUGUCAGGGCUACUUCGAUGGCCCGCUCUACCCCGAGAUGUCCAACGGAACGCUGCACCACUACUUCGUGCCCGACGGGGACUACGAGGAGAACGACGACCCCGAGAAGUGCCAGCUGCUCUUCAGGGUGAGUGACCGCAGGCGCUGCUCCCAGGGGGAGGGGAGCCAGGCCGGCCGCCUGCUGAGCCUCACCCUCCGGGAGGAGUUCACGGUUCUGGGCCGCCAGGUGGAGGAUGCUGGGCGUGUCCUGGAGGGCAUCAGUAAGAGCAUCUCCUACGACCUGGACGGGGAGGAGAGCUACGGCAAGUACCUGCGCCGGGAGUCGCACCAGAUCGGGGACGCCUACUCCAACUCCGACAAGUCCCUCACGGAGCUGGAGAGCAAGUUCAAGCAGGGCCAGGAGCAGGACAGCCGGCAGGAGGGCCGGCUCAACGAGGAUUUCCUGGGGAUGCUGGUCCACACCAGGUCCCUGCUGAAGGAAACGCUGGACAUCUCCGCGGGGCUCAGGGACAAGUACGAGCUGCUGGCCCUCACCAUCAGGAGCCACGGGACCCGGCUGGGGCGGCUGAAAAACGAUUAUCUGAAAGUAUAAGUGGAGGGCGCAAAGGCCAGGGUGAGAGGCAGUCAGCCCUGUGGGAGGGAGGGAGAAGCAGACGGGCUGACUGUUCCCUGGGCUUAGGUUUCAUAUCCAGAUUUGCACUUUGAGAAUGAAUCUGAGUCAUCUUUAAAAAGAAAGAACAAGCUGAGAGUUAAGUGGUUUAUUUUGGUACAUUAUUUAUGUCAUUGUUCUUGAUCUGUCACCUGCGAAGGACUUAAAGCAAUGCCUCCUGCCUUUUCUAAAUGGCUUGACAACUCUGCAGAGAUAGCUGUUUGAACCACAUCUAAAGCGGCCCAGUCUGUGUGGUAGGGACUGGUGGGACCUCUCCAUCCUGGAGACGAUGGGGAAAUACCCAGGAGCAGCUCUCCUGCCUUUAGCCUCCUGUCUUGGGCUGCAAAGUUGUCAGAGCUGCCUGUUUUUCAAGUGAAGUUCAAGGUGCUGCUGUGCACGCUGGCCAGCCUGGGAAGUGUUUUGUUUCUUCUCUUCUGUCUUAUUUAUUAACGAUGGUCUGCAAGGUAUUAUUUUUAUUAAGAGUAUUGGCAAGAAACUAUAUGCAAAUCAUCCUUCACAGGGAGAUUACAAGGUGGCCCUGAGGUGUGUGCAUUGCUGGGGCCACAUUGAGAAGGUCACGCUUUGUAGUGGUGCAUGCACGCU